ACACACACACACACACACACACACACACGCUCACAGAAAGGCACGGAUUGUGGUUUCAGCAGCAUACCAGCACAGACCCGUGACAGGGUGAUCAGCUGGGAAUAAACCCCUGUACUGGAGUAACAACACGGAGCUGUGCAGGAUUUCAAGCUUCUUCCUUCAUCUUUCUUUUCUUUAUUUAAAUGUGCUGUUCUUCCUCUCACAACCCCUCCUCCUCCUCCUCCUCCUCCUCCUCCUGUUUUUCGGGGUUGCUGUUGCUACUGUCAGCAGGAGAAUAUUUUCAUUUCCUUUUCUGAGGCGUACAGGAGCUGCUUCUGUCUCCAUUAUUCAUCUCCCCUCACUGCCUCUGUGCCACGGCCUGAGAGCUGAGAAGGACGUCAGACAGCGAGACGGUGACACGUAGGAGACACUGACACAGCAUGGGCAUUUGAAUGUCUAUUGUAAAUGAAGCGGAUCCUGACACUGUCAUCAAACUCUACAGCACCUCAUGGUCACAUGUAGAACAAAAGCACCACUGGUGAAGGCCAUCAUCAGGUGGAGAAAAUGGGGCACCACUCUGACUGCAAGUUCAGGACACUCCUCCGAAACUGAUGAAAGAACAAGAGCUGCAGAAAUAUCUGGACUGGAACUUUUAAACUCAUAACUCUGAACCAGUGGAACUCGUUAUACACAAAAAUGCUGCACUUCUCUGGCACUCUCGCCCCAGACCCCUGCCCAGCCUGAAGGUGGACAUCGAGGCAGACUGAUGCUAAUCCAGUUCUGAGGAGGAAACCGCUGUAGCGAUGUGGCUCACUGCUAGAACUGCAAAACGCCACUGCGGAGGAAACUCUCAAUACAGCGUGGCAGUGCACUGUGUGCUCUACCUGCUGCUUCUGCACCUUCAGCUGUGUUCCAGUUGUCCAUCGGUUUGUGUAUGCAGAUCCACUGAGGCAGAUUGUGGUGGACAUGACCUGAGUACAUUACCUGCCCUUUCCUUGCUACCUUCAACUGUUCAGACCCUCCUCCUGCCCAACAACCACCUUACAUCUCUGCCUGCUUCAGCCUUCACCAACCUUAGCUCACUGGUUAGGCUUGACCUAUCUAACAACUACCUGGGCAACCUGCCAGCACAUGUGUUUACUGACCUGGGGAACCUGACUGAACUUAAUCUAAGGAACAACAGCCUAACAGCACUGGACCGUGACCUCCUGCAGGGCCUGGGGAGCCUUCAGCGUUUGGAUGUUUCACUGAAUGGCCUGGGUGCUGUGCCGCUUGGUUUGUUAGAACAUCAGCAUGGUCUGAUCUGGCUCUCUCUGGCUGGAAACAGACUCCAGGCACUGGAUAGGGCUGUGUUUGAACCACUUGAGAACCUGCAGCACCUUCAGCUUGGCUCCAACCCAUGGGAAUGUGACUGCAAUUUGCGUGACUUCAAGAACUGGAUGGAGUGGCUCAUCUAUCGAGGUGGUUAUGUGGAUGCUGUGGAAUGUACUCUCCCCAAAGAUCUCAGAGGACGUGACAUCCGGAGUGUUCCUGUAGAGAUGUUUAACUACUGUCUCCAAGUGGAUAAUGAGAAUGGAGCAACAAAAGGCGGUGCAACUCCAUGUGCACGUGCAACUGCUGCACCGCUGCCUGGGGGCGCUGUGGUACAGAGUGAGUCAGAGCCACUGGAUUGUGCUAAGCAACGUUACCGGCCUAUAAGUGUCCGUCGUGCCAUUGGCACUGUGGUGAUUGCUGGCGUGGUGUGUGGUAUUGUGUGCAUCAUGAUGGUUGCUGCAGCCGCCUACGGAUGCAUCUAUGCUUCCCUUAUGGCCAAAUACCAGCGUGAGCUGAAGAAAAGGCAGCCGCUAAUGGGGGAUGCUGAGGCUGAAGCUGAUUCUGAGGAGAAACAGAUUUCAUCUGUUGCAUAGAAAUAACUAGAUUCUAUUUACCCCUAUGUGAUGACAAUGGUCUCUUUGCAUUCCUGCUUCCACACUUAGUUUCUAAAUGUGUGUGCACUGUUAUGUAUCUGGGUGUUUUCACAUAUAUUUAUUUGAAAAAUAAAACGUCAGUCCUCUUAAUGGUCCAGAAAAACAACCAACUGCAAAUUACCUCAGUAUUUUAGUGUUCACAAUACAAAUAAACUUAAAAAUGAACUCAUGAAUUAAAACUCGUUCAGAUCACAACUACAUUAGAACUCAGACCCCAGUGAUGAUGUCUUUCACAAUGGGCAUUUCACAUGCAAUCAAUUAGCUGUGGAGGAAAAUGUCAGAGAGAAAAUAAGGGAUGAAGUGAGGGAACUGAAUUCUAUAAAAGCACUGAAAAACACUGAAGAAACAGCUGCUGGGAAAACAGUCAUUAUUCAUUCACAAACAGAAUUUUAAUCUGCCUGAUUCUGUUUGGAACUUUCUAGAAUGUUUCUGUCUAAUAUGUCUAGGUACCCGUGCUAACUGUGUUUAAAACAACAAUUCCUUUCCCAAAUCAAGAAAUUGAUAUUUAGGUCACAACACAACAACAACAACAACAACAACAACAACAACAACACAAUUUCACUACAACAGACUAAGAUCUAAUAUCAUUUGAUCAGAACCUCUAUAGCUUUGGAGUUUCGUUCCCAAAAGUUUAUUUUUAAUAAUUAAUUGCAAUAACAAAUACUGCAAAAUGAUAAUUAAGAAUGAGAAAAUAUGCAUUAAACUUUAUUUUUUAUUUUUUGUAAACGAUUAAAUGAUGAUUUUUGUGCAAAUCCCAGCAGGUGUAUGCAGUAUUAUGUGUGUAUUGCUGAUAUACAGCAUCCUUAAAAAGUACUGGAACUGCUGCACAAAUGGGCAGUGAGUUUAAUAAGUUAAAUAUAGCACCUUUUAUAAAAAACGCUUAUUUUUGUGUUCAAAAAUUUUGGAACAUGCGACUAAUAGGUGAAAACCAGAGAGCUGUCGAUGGGAGUCAAUUUUAAAGCUGAGAAAAAAGUAAAAAUCAACCAGUCAUUGUACUGGGCAAAGAAAAAAUAUAAAUUUGGAAUUUCCUGAAAAAGAAAGAAAUCACUGGUGUAAUUACAACCUGCCAAUGAACAGAGUUUCACAGCAGAAACAUUGUGAAGAAAAAAAAAAAAAAACACAGGGCAGAUCUUAUAGUCCAGGUAAAGGUAAAGGUCUCAUCAGCAGUAUGAGCAGUAUUCAGAAGGGCAGAUUGGAUUUCACAAAGAAAUACAGAAAUGUUCUGAGAUUAACUUAGUCAGACAUUAUGUUCAGCUCCAGACUCUGAUGAGGUCUGCAAGGUUUAAUUUGUGGCCUUCUGUGGGAGAUGGGGUUGAGAUCACUGGAUUUCUGGAACUCGAAUUCUGAUGAAGCUGCAGUCUGGUGUACUGAAUCAUCUUGAAUCUGUUUCCAAAUGCUUCCUGGAUUGAAAAAAACAUGGUAUCAGCCAAUCAGCAUUUAAAAGGCAAUGCAUUAAACUGUCAUACAGCCAGUACAGUACAUCCCUCUGUGGUCUCUUCAGUGUUGUAGAUAACUUGGUUAGAACUGGACACAGUUAUUAUUAUUAUAAUCUGUAAGGAGACAAUAAACCACAGCUUCCUGUAAAAAAACAAGCCUCAAAUUCUAUACUCAUAAACUAAAAUGUGAUGCAGACAGAGAGCACAAAAAGAAGCACACACAAACCAGAACAGCUCGUUUGUUGUUGGUUUUAGACGUCUGUGUUCAGCUGUUGUGUUCACAUAUAAACAUAAAACGUUCAAUCCACACUUGGAAUACUGGAUCAUACUGUGUGAAAACACCCAUAGAUUGUCUUGACACAAUUUGUCAACAUUACAGUAUUGUAUGCUACAGAUGAGGACUGAUGGACUAAAGCUGGGUGGAACACCAACACCUCAUGGCAAUUCCAUCUGUGAGGCGAGUUCCUGUUCCUCUUUUAGAUACAGGAAAAGUGAUUCAGAUAAGCAACCAUAGGUUACAGUAUGUGUUUUAUCAUCUGCUAAAAUCUAUUAGCAGAAUUCUAAGUACAAUAUAUGUAAUGCUUUGUGUGUGUGCAGGUGUGUGUGUGUGUGUGUGUGUGUGUGUGUGUGUGUGUGUGUGUGUGUGUGUGUGUGUGUGUUUAAGUCUGUAUAAACCAUGAAAAGUUUGGAUUUGACUUCGAGUUGAAUUUUAUUCUGUGUUACAGUAUUUAGUCUGCAAUAUACUGACACUAGACAAGAUCUUACAGAGAUUAUCUAUCUAUCUAUCUAUCUAUCUAUCUAUCUAUCUAUCUAUCUAUCUAUCUAUCUAUCUAUCUAUCUAUCUAUCCAUCCAUCCAUCCAUCCAUCCAUCCAUCCAUCUAUGGCUUAUAAUCCUGGUUUGUAAUUUAAUCUAAAAACUUAGUAUUCAAGUCAUGAAACACCGAACAGAGGAUAAUCAGAGAGGCAAUCUACAGAUUAAUAUUUUGUUCACAUAUUCACACUGAUACACUGCAUUAUGAUAUUGAGUACUGCAGGAUAGUGAGUACUGCAGUAUAGUGGGUACUACAGGAGAAUAGUGGGUACUACAGGAGAAUAGUGAGUACUGCAGGAGAAUAGUGAGUACUGCAGGAUAGUGAGUACUGCAGGAGGAUAGUGAGUACUACAGGAGAAUAGUGAGUACUACAGAAGAACAGUGAGUACUGCAGGAGAAUAGUGAGUACUGCAGGAGGAUUGUGAGUACUGCAGGAGAACAGUGAGUACUGCAGGAGGAUAGUGAGUACUGCAGGAGAUAGUGAGUACUACAGGAGAACAGUGAGUACUGCACGAUAGUGAGUACUGCAGGAGGAUAUUGAGUACUACAGGAGAGUAGUGAGUACUGCAGGAGAGUAGUGAGUACUGCAGGGGAGUAGUGAGUACUGCAGGAGAAUAUUGAGUACUGCAGGAGAAUAGUGAGUACUGCAGGGGAGUAGUGAGUACUGCAGAAGUAUAGUGAGUACUGCAGGAGAAUAGUGAGUACUGCAGGAGAAUAGUGAGUACUGCAGGGGAGUAGUGAGUACUGCAGGAGAAUAUUGAGUACUGCAGGAGAAUAGUGAGUACUGCAGGAUAGUGAGUACUGCAGGAGGAUAGUGAGUACUGCAGGAGAACAGUGAGUACUGCAGGAGUAUAGUGAGUACUGCAGGAGAAUAGUGAGUACUGCAGGAGAAUAGUGAGUACUGCAGGAGGAUAGUGAGUACUGCAGGAGAGUAGUGAGUACUGCAGGGGAGUAGUGAGUACUGCAGGAGAAUAUUGAGUACUGCAGGAGAAUAGUGAGUACUGCAGGGGAGUAGUGAGUACUGCAGAAGUAUAGUGAGUACUGCAGGAGAAUAGUGAGUACUGCAGGAGAAUAGUGAGUACUGCAGGGGAGUAGUGAGUACUGCAGGAGAAUAUUGAGUACUGCAGGAGAAUAGUGAGUACUGCAGGAUAGUGAGUACUGCAGGAGGAUAGUGAGUACUGCAGGAGAACAGUGAGUACUGCAGGAGUAUAGUGAGUACUGCAGGAGAAUAGUGAGUACUGCAGGAGAAUAGUGAGUACUGCAGGAGGAUAGUGAGUACUGCAGGAGAAUAGUGAGUACUGCAGGAAAGUAGUGAGUACUGCAGGAGAAUAGUGAGUACUGCAGGAGAAUAGUGAGUACUGCAGGAAAGUAGUGAGUACUGCAGGAGAAUAGUGAGUACUGCAGGAGAAUAGUGAGUACUGCAGGAUGAUAGUGAGUACUGCAGGAGAAUAGUGAGUACUGCAGGAGAAUAGUGAGUACUGCAGGAUGAUAGUGAGUACUGCAGGAGAAUAGUGAGUACUGCAGGAGAAUAGUGAGUACUGCAGGAGAAUAGUGAGUACUGCAGGAUGAUAGUGAGUACUGCAGGAGAAUAGUGAGUACUGCAGGAGGAUAGUGAGUACUGCAGGAGGAUAGUGAGUACUGCAGGAGAAUAGAGCACUGCGGGAUAGUAAGUGAAACGAUUAUGUAAAAGAGGUAUUACAAUAUAAUUGAGAAUCAAUGUAAAUUUCAAUCAAAAUAACUUUUUAUUCCAGUUCAUUUAAAUAUUAGCAUUUACAUGAACACACUGGUUGAAUAUAAAUGAUAUACUACAAACAUUAUUUAUUUUUCAGGUGAAGAAAUUUGCAAAACAGUAAUAUACUUUUAUUACUUUUUUCAUUUGGUAGUUUGUUUAUUCAUUUCCCAGCAACGUUCUCAUGUUGCUGAUAUUUAGUCUGUAACAAAUGCGUUUCUAUUCAGCUACAUAAACGCCAAAGACUUUAGGAGAAGUUUGUUUUGAUUGACUUUUGUUCGAUGACUACAGCUAGAACAAGAAGUCCUCAACAUGCAUCCAUACAAAACCACAAUCAUUUGACAGCGCUCAGAUUUUUACAUACACUGGCCAAAAGUAUGUGGACACCUGACCAGAGAUGUACCUUAACACAACCAGGGUUAGCAGUAUGUCAAUGUGGAGUUUGUCCAAGCAUAGCCAUUAUAAUAAAGCACUAGUGAGAUCAGACACUGAUGCAAGUGAGCAAGUUCUGGCUUUGUGUACAGGGGCAUUUGCUGGGUAGAACAGGGUUGGGUCUCAGUCCCAGUGAAAAUAAUAAGUAACAUUCUAUACAAUUCAGUGCUUCCAACUUUGUGCUAAAGGUUUGGACGAGGCCCAAAUGUAGUUGUGAUGGUCAGGUGUCUCUACACAAUAUUAUUCUAUACAGUAUAGUUACAUAAAGCCAUAAUGUGAUUAUAUUUAUAUAACAGUAAUUUCCAGUCGUAAACCCAUCAGUUUACUCAUCAGUCAGUAGCAACACACUGAAGAGAACGUUUAUGGUUGCUGCUACUCCACCACAUGAACUACACACACGCACACACACACACACACACACACACACACACACACACACACACACACACACACACACACACACACACAUAAUGACUCGGCAUUGCCUUAUUACUGGUUGUUGUUCAUAUUGUUGUUCUAGAUGAAAACACAUGAUGUCACUUUUCCAGUCCAUGUGGAUUCCCUUCCGUUUACUUGAGCAUUUCUUUGAAUUCAAUCUAUUUUAUGAUGAAAAACUUCAAAAGCCUUUAUUAUCUUUUAUUAAAGAGGGUGGAGUCAAUAAUUUAGUUAUCUCCUAUAUCUUCUUAUUUCAUGCCGGGAGACAUCAUUAUAAUGGAUUAUGAGACUGGUUUUGUGUAUAAUUCAUGAAUCUGAGUCUACAAAUAAACAGAAAUAUCAGAUUUCAACAGAAAAGGUGUUGAGAUUCCUCACAACUUCUUCUGAUGAUGUGUGCAGGUUUUUAAUAUAUAUAUAUAUAUAUAUAUAUAUAUAUAUAUAUAUAUAUAUAUAUAUAUAUAUAUAUAUAUAUAUAUGUACCAAUGAAAACUCAGAACGACAAAGCACAACAAAGGUUAGGGUUACACAACAAAAUAUAGAAAAUAUGCAGACCAGAGAAAAGACAAAGCAAGGGCUCAUGCAGGGGUCUGACAUGUUAUAACACACCUGUAAACAGCAUUAAACAGAGACAUUAAAGACUGGACCAUGAAUACAAGGUUAAUGUAUCCUUUACACUUACUCCACCCGGCGCAGGGGUUGGAGCUGAUCGGAGGCAGACUGGGCGAGAACUCGACACUCACACAAAACUGAAUGCACUUAUUUAAGAUUAAUUUCAAGUUUGCUAUCUUAAAUAUUUAUUCUGUAUGAGAUAUAUUUUCCUUUUUGAAAUUAUAUAACUAUCUGUAAUGAAACUAAAUUUGUUCUUUUUUUCAUUUUAGUUUAAUAAACUGUUUUUGGGCUGUGGAAUAAUUAUAUGUCAAAAAUGAAUAAAAAUGUAUUUCUAUAAACUA